AUGGUCUUCUCUCUGCAGAUUCAGACUAAGAGAACUAAAAAAGUUGGUAUCACUGGUAAAUUUGGUGUCCGUUACGGUUCCUCCUUGCGUCGUCAAACCAAGAAAUUGGAGAUUCAACAACACGCUCGUUACGACUGUUCCUUCUGUGGUAAGAAGUCUGUGAAGAGAAACGCUACCGGUAUCUGGAACUGUCACUCCUGUAACAAGACCAUUGCUGGUGGUGCUUACACCGUUUCCACCGCUGCUGCUGCCACCGUCAGAUCUACCAUCAGACGUUUGAGAGAGUUGGCUGAGGCUUAA